CAUCGGCGGCUCGACGCGAAGUUGGCCGACGCGCAAGCGCUAGCCCCGAACUUCCCCGAGGCAGGUCAGUCGUGCGUGGCCCUUUGCGCGCGUCGCAUCUAUUUCUUUCGUGAUAUAUUCGGGGGGGUGCUAUAUAAAAUUAUAGCCAUAAGAAGAAGAGGAAGAAGAAGAAGAGGAAGAAGAGGAAGGAGAAAAUAAAAUAGAAAAUUAAGAGGAUCAAGUGUUUCUCAAGAGAAAGUGGAAUUAUUAUAAAGAGUCACUUAUAACGUACGAUUAUUAAUUAAUUCGUUUUAGAAUCAAAUCCUAUUUGUGUUAGUCAAUAGUUAAUACGCACUUUUGAUAAGAAGAGAAGGAAAGAAAAGAAACGAACAUAGGCGCAAAAAGAAAGAAAGAAAAAAAAAAUAAAAAAAAAAAAAAAAACAAAAAGAAAGGAAAGGAACAAAAGAAAAUAAAAGAGAAGAGAUCUGGAAGAUCAUUCAUAUUUAACUGUGAUAUCUUGGACCGUUGGUGAUUUUUGAAGGACAUAAAUAUUAUAACGUUAACAAUUUUAAUUAUUACGUGACCACGUGAGUGUAUAAUUUGUGACGAAAUAUACAAAAUUAAGAACGAACGAACGAACGAACGAACGAAUUAUUAAUUAAGUGAUACAUUGUUACAGUUUUGCCGUCCGUAUGUUUCUAAUAAUGUCCAUUUGCUAAGCUAAAAGAUUAUCGUCCAAUCGUCUAGAUUUAUAACAGUCUAUCUAUCUAUCUCUAUCUUAUUCUAUCUAUUUAUCUAUCUCUUUCUUUCUCUCUCUCUUUUUUUCUCUCUCUCUCUCUCUCUCUCUCUCUCUCUUUCUUUCUUUAUCUCUAUCUGUCUAUCUAUUUAUCUGUCUGUCUAUCUAUCUGUCUAUCUAUCUAUCUAUCUAUCUAUCUAUCUCUAUCUGUGUCUCGAGAGGUUCGACCAAUGCAAGACUCGUACUACUGCCUUCUCUUGGUCAAUCACGUUACGUAUUUUCUUCAUCCGAUUUAACGGCACACCGUAGUCUCUAUUAUCCAGUCAACGUCACCCACGCUUUUCUCCGAGGGAAAAAGGGAUCGAUAUUAACGAGGUAGGCCGAUCCCCGUUGCUUCGAAGAUACAUCGUUUUAUUCUAACAAGAAAGUUUGAAGGUGCCCAUUACUGGUUGUUGUCAUCGUCGUCGUCGUCGUCGUCGUCGUCGUCGGAUAUCGUCACAUUUUGGAUCUCGAGAUAUCGUCGACUAGCAUAAUGGUCGUCUGUUUAUGACAAAUCUGGCGUUGCUUUUAAGUCCGGGAAUUUGUCCGGAUACGCGGACGUCGUUGUCCCGGUUCAUAUCGAAGUUUGUUGGAAGUGAUAAAGGAAGGAAAGAAAGAAAAAAAGAAGGGUAGACUUGUAGUGAAGAGAGAGAGAGAGAGAGAAGAGAGAGAGAGACAGACAAAGAGAGAGAGAGAGAGAGAAAGAAAGAAAAAAGAGAGGAGGGAGAGAGAGAGAGAGAGAGAGAGAGAGAGAGCUCGACGUACGAUAUUCUUAUAUUCCGUUUGGAUUCUUUGAAAUCUCUUAUCCAAAGUGGCUAAGAGCGUAAGUCCCCGUCGAGUGCACCAAGAGUGCUCCGGGGUGGAGGCGCAGGUGCAGGUGCAGCAAGAGAGGCGAGCACCGAGGCGCAUGCCUCACCUGGGGCCUGACAUGACAACCCGGCUGUCCGCCAUGUUUUACACGGUCGAGGUCGGGGACACCAAGUUCACCAUUCUCAAGCGAUACCAAAAUCUCAAACCAAUUGGUUCUGGUGCUCAGGGAAUCGUCUGCGCUGCAUACGACACGGUCACGGCGCAAAAUGUGGCGAUUAAAAAAUUGUCAAGACCUUUUCAAAACGUGACACACGCUAAGAGAGCCUACAGGGAGUUCAAACUCAUGAAAUUGGUCAAUCACAAAAACAUAAUCGGUCUUUUGAACGCAUUUACGCCGCAACGAUCGUUGGACGAGUUUCAAGAUGUGUAUUUGGUGAUGGAGCUUAUGGACGCGAAUCUGUGUCAGGUGAUCCAAAUGGAUCUGGAUCAUGAACGUAUGUCUUAUCUGCUUUACCAAAUGCUAUGUGGUAUCAAGCAUUUGCACUCUGCUGGUAUCAUUCAUAGGGAUCUAAAACCAAGCAAUAUCGUCGUCAAGUCCGAUUGUACGUUAAAAAUUCUUGACUUUGGUCUGGCGAGGACUGCCGGGACAACGUUUAUGAUGACACCAUACGUGGUAACGCGGUAUUACCGAGCGCCAGAGGUGAUAUUAGGUAUGGGGUAUAAGGAAAACGUGGACAUUUGGUCAGUAGGAUGUAUCAUGGGUGAAAUGAUCAGAGGUGGUGUACUUUUUCCUGGUACGGAUCACAUCGAUCAAUGGAAUAAAAUAAUCGAGCAACUGGGGACUCCAGCGCAGGAAUUCAUGCAACGGUUGCAACCAACGGUAAGGAAUUAUGUGGAGAACAGACCACGAUAUCCUGGAUAUCCAUUCGACAGGCUAUUCCCGGACGUUUUAUUUCCCUCCGACUCAUCGGAGCAUAAUAGAUUAAAGGCGAGCCAGGCUAGGGACCUAUUGUCGCGCAUGCUCGUCAUCGACCCAGAACGACGCAUAUCCGUCGACGACGCGUUGCUUCACAAUUAUAUAAACGUCUGGUACGACGAGGGUGAAGUAAAUGCCCCUGCCCCUGGUCCAUACGAUCACAGCGUGGACGAAAGGGACCACGGUGUUGAUCAAUGGAAGGAGCUGAUCUAUCAAGAGGUCAUGGAAUACGAGACAAGCCAUAAUUCAGCAGCGGUCGCUCAGCCGUCAGAAAGUGCAGGCUCCCGAUCGGAACAAGAAUAUAUAAAACAGCAGUGAAAAGAAGAAGAA